CCGUGGGAUGUUAGCGGUGGGGGCGAUGGAGGGCACUCGGCAGAGCGCGUUCCUGCUCAGCAGCCCGCCCCUGGCCGCCCUCCACAGCAUGGCCGAAAUGAAGACCCCGCUCUACCCCGCCGCGUACCCCCCGCUGCCCGCCGGUCCCCCCUCCUCUUCCUCCUCCUCCUCCUCCUCGUCGUCGCCCUCCCCGCCUUUGGGCGCCCACAACCCGGGCGGCCUGAAGCCCCCGGCCGCGGGGGGGCUCUCUUCCCUGGGCAGCCCCCCGCAGCAGCUCUCGGCCGCCACCCCACACGGCAUCAACGACAUCCUGAGCCGGCCCUCCAUGCCCGUGGGCUCAGGGGCCGCCUUGCCCUCCGCCUCGCCCUCGGGUUCCUCCUCCUCCUCCUCUUCCUCGUCCACCUCCGCUUCUUCAGCUUCCGCCGCGGCGGCUGCAGCGGCUGCAGCUGCGGCCGCCGCCUCGUCCCCAGCGGGGCUGCUGGCCGGCCUGCCCCGCUUCAGCAGCCUGAGCCCGCCGCCGCCGCCGCCCGGGCUCUACUUCAGCCCCAGUGCCGCAGCCGUGGCCGCCGUGGGCCGGUACCCCAAGCCACUAGCCGAGCUGCCCGGCCGGACGCCCAUCUUCUGGCCGGGAGUGAUGCAGAGUCCGCCCUGGAGGGACGCGCGCCUGGCCUGCACCCCUCUACACUCGGCCGGCAUGAACCCGUUGAAGACAGGCCCAUGGCCUGCGGAAGAGGAUCAAGGAUCCAUUUUGUUGGACAAAGACGGGAAGAGAAAACACACGAGACCUACGUUCUCCGGCCAGCAGAUCUUCGCCCUGGAGAAGACUUUCGAGCAAACGAAAUACUUGGCGGGGCCCGAGAGGGCUCGCUUGGCCUACUCUUUGGGGAUGACGGAGAGUCAGGUCAAGGUCUGGUUCCAGAACCGCCGGACCAAGUGGAGGAAGAAGCACGCGGCGGAGAUGGCCACCGCCAAGAAGAAGCAAGACUCGGAGACUGAGCGGCUCAAGGGGGCUUCGGAGAACGAGGAGGAGGACGACGACUACAACAAGCCCUUGGAUCCCAACUCGGACGACGAGAAAAUCACGCAGCUGCUGAAGAAGCACAAGUCCGGGGGCGGUGGCCUCCUGCUGCACGGGUCCGAGACGGACGGCGCGUCCUGAGAGCCACGGCCCUGCUGCCGCCGGGGCCGUGGGGCCGCGAGUUCGCGAGCCCUGCCUUCCCGCCCCGCCUGCGGGGCCCUUUGCUAUUUUGAGAUGUACAUAUCUAUUUUUUUAACCUAGAAGUUGAGGGAGGAGGGGAGGAGAGACUCGGGGUUGGUGAGAAGGCAGAAAAGACAACGAAAUGCGAUGCGUCAAGAACGCAACUGAAGCUAGCAUCUGGACCCCUCUCCCAGGCCCGCUGGGUACCCUGACCCCGCACCCCGCACCCCGCGGUGGGAGCGGCCUCCAUCCCUGCCCACUCACGUGUCCAGGCCCCAGCGCUUGGCAGGGACGGGGGUGGGGGCUCAGGGAAGGCUUUUCGAAGGAUGGACAUCCACUGUGCUGGGGACCUCGGAGCUAGGCGUGCGGGCAGCCGCCUCAGAUGGGAAGAGGGACGUUUCUCUCUCCCCUACAAACUGCUGUGUGGACUAAAGUAACCUGUUGAAGGCCCUUUGUAAAUAAAUCGUGAGUCACACUGACUAGAAAUUACUUUAUUGUUAAUAUUUAAAAUGUAAAACGCUUUUUUGGAAUUUGGUAUAAAAAGAUGGACAUCCUUCCUUCUCUCUAUCCCUUUUAAGAGCUGUUCAAACCACACGUUCCCCUUUUAUUUUGAACGUCAUUGGAGAAGCAUAGAAAAGAAUAUCCUCAGCUUCCCUCUGCAGCUACUCUGCCGGGUUUGGGUUUUUAGUAUCUCAUUUCCCCCUCGUCCCUUCUCGAUUUUCCCGACCACCCCUGGUCCCCCUCCCGCCUCCAGCCUCUUUGCCUCCAGGACUUAAAGUAGAAGACGUGGAACUAGGAAAGGGGGUUCCUCUCUGAAAUUGCACAGUCGUUUGUUGCUAUUUAUUAGUGAUUUAAAGAAAGUAUUGGGAAGGGAGGGGCUACAUAGCUUGUAUUUAAUUUAACUCCUUUCUGAUAAAAAUGCGUGUUAAAGUAGAUGGUGGGAAUCGUUACAACUGCUCUGGGUCAGAAACAUAAAAAUCCAUUUAGUUGCUAUAAUUGAAUUUGAAGUGUUUUGUAUGAUAAGAAUACUACAGACUAUGUAAAUUGUUUUCUUUUUAAAGCUGAUAACGGUGAUAUAUUAGCAUCUUUAAUUUUUAUUAAUUUAUAUAAGAAAUUUGGUUUGUAAAGAGAAAAGACACCCCUCCCCCGCAAGACCAGUUAAAUGUAAUGCACUUUGUUUCAAAGGAUAAAUCAAAUUAAAAAAAUGUUUGAAGAUGUCUGUUGCCUUGAAUGAAAGGGUACAGAUAAUCUGAUCUCAUCAGAGAUUUCAAAUAAAAGUCAAGACCACAAAAAUCUUA